AUGCAGACCCUGGGCAGGUUUUUGGGGUCUCUGCCUGGCUUCAGUUCUGCCCGGAACCUAGUGGCCAACGCUCACAGCUCAGCGAGAGAAAACCGGCCAGCUGCCAGCCCUGCAGGGGCUCCCACCCCCGAGGCUGCCCAGGCCCCUGUCCCCACAGAGGCCACCGAUCCAGAGCAGACAGCCAAGGGAAUGGAAAAGCCACUGCAACCUUCAGAAAAGAUGGGGUCGGGGGCCAAAGACCUGCCAUACUCUAAGAUGUCUAGGACCAAGGACGCCAUCUCCUCCGGGGUGACCAAUGUUGUGGAUGUGACUAAGGGAGUGGUCCAGGAAGGCCUGGGCACCACCCAAUCUGCACUCAAGGGCACCAAGGUGGUGGUGUCCAGUGGGGUCACCGCGGCAGUGGGUGUGGCCAAAGGGGUAGUCCAAGGGGGUCUGGACACCUCCAAGGAUGUCAUCACCAGCACCAAGGAUGCACUGUCUACUGGGCUCACGGGGGCAGUGAACUUGGCCAAAGGAACUGUCCAGACUGGCGUGGACACCACCAAGACCAUCCUAACUGGUACCAAGGACACUGUCUGUGGUGGGGUGACAGGUGCCAUGAACACGGCCAAAGGGGCUGUCAAGGGGGGACUAGAUACCACCAAGUCUGUGGUCAUGGGCACCAAAGACACACUGUCCACUGGGCUCACUGGGGCAGUGAACGUGGCCAAAGGAACAAUCCAGACUGGCGUGGACACCACCAAAACUGUCCUAACUGGUACCAAGGACACAGUAUCCACUGGGGUGACCAGUGCUAUGAAUGUGGCCAAAGGAGCUGUCCAGACCGGCAUGGACACCACCAAGACUGUACUAACUGGUACCAAGGACACUGUGUGUGGUGGGGUGACCGGUGCCAUGAACGUGACCAAAGGGGUGAUCAAGGGGGGACUGGACACCACCAAGUCUGUGGUCAUGGGCACCAAAGACACACUGUCCACUGGGCUCACUGGGGCAGUGAACGCAGCCAAAGGAACUGUACAAACCGGUGCGGACACCACCAAGACUGUGCUGACCGGCACUAAGGAUGCAGUGUCCACUGGGGUCACAGGUACAGUGAACUUGGCCAAAGGAACCAUCCAGACUGGCUUAGACACCACUAAGACUGUGCUGACCGGCACCAAAGAUGCAGUGUACACUGGAGUGACCGGUGCAAUGAAUGUGGCCAAAGGGGCUGUCCAGACUGGUGUGGGCACCACCAAGACUGUACUAACUGGUACCAAGGACACCGUGUGUGACACACUGUCUACUGGGAUCACCGGGGCAGUGAACGUGGCCAAAGGAACAAUCCAGACUGGUGUGGACACCACCAAAACCGUCCUAACUGGUACCAAGGACACUGUCUAUGGUGGAGUGACCAGUGCUGUGAAUGUAGCCAAAGGGGCCGUUCAGACCGGUGUGGACACCACCAAGACCGUGCUGACCGGCACCAAAGACGCAGUGUCCACUGGGGUGACUGGAGCAGUGAAUUUGGCCAAAGGAAGUGUCCAGACUGGUUUAGACACCACCAAGACUGUGUUGACUGGCACCAAGAACACUGUCUGUACUGGGGUGACCAGUGCUGUAAAUGUGGCCAAAGGGGCCGUCCAGGGGGGCCUGGACACCACGAAGUGUGUUGUCACUGGCACAAAAGACACUGUGUCCACUGGACUCAUGGGGGCACUAAACGUGGCCAAAGGAACCGUCCAGACUGGCUUGGACACCACCAAGGCCGUGCUGACCGGCACUAAAGACACAGUGUCCAGUGGGCUCACUGGGGCAGUGAACUUGGCCAAAGGAACCGUCCAGACUGGUUUAGACACAACCAAGACUGUGUUGACCGGCUCCAAGAACACUGUCUGUGGCGGGGUGACCAGUGCCAUGAACAUAGCCAAAGGGGCCGUCCAGGGGGGCCUGGACACCACAAAAUCUGUGGUCAUGGGCACCAAAGACACAGUGUCCACUGGGGUCAUGGGAGUAGUGAACUUGGCCAAAGGAACUGUCCAGACUGGCUUGGACACCACCAAGACCACCGUGCUGACUGGCACCAAAGAUGCAGUGUCUACUGGGUUCACUGGGGCAGUGAACUUGGCCAAAGGAACUGUCCAGACUGGCUUAGACACCACCAAGACCAUCCUAACUGGUACCAAGGAUACCGUCUGUACUGGGGUGACUGGUGCCACAAAUAUGGCCAAAGGGGCUGUCCAGGGGGGUCUGGACACCACAAAAUCUGUUGUCACUGGCACAAAAGACACUGUGUCCACUGGGCUAAUGGGGGCACUAAAUGUGGCCAAAGGAACAGUCCAGACAGGCUUAGACACCAGCAAGACUGUACUGACUGGCACCAAGAACACCAUGUGUGGUGGGGUGACCAGUGCCAUGAAUGUGGCCAAAGGAGCCGUCCAGACGGGAACUGGCCAGACCAGCUUGGACACCACCAAGACAGUCCUAACUGGUACCAAGGACAUCGUCUCUGGUGGAGUGACUGGUGCUGUGAAUGUGGCCAAAGGGGCCAUCCAGACCAGUAUGGACACCACCAAGACUGUGCUGACCGGCACCAAAGACAUGAUGUCUACUGGGCUCACUGGAGCAGUGAAUGUGGCCAAAGGGACCAUCCAGGGGAGCCUGGAUACCACAAAGUCUGUUGUCACUGGCACAAAAGACAACGUGUCCACUGGGCUCAUGGGGGCACUAAAUGUGGCCAAAGGAACCGUCCAGACUGGCUUGGACACCACCAAAACCAUGCUGACUGGCACCAAAGAUGCAGUGUCCAGUGGGCUCACUGGGACACUGAACUUGGCCAAAGGAACUGUCCAGACUGGGUUAGACACCACCAAGACAGUCCUAACUGGUACCAAGGACAUCGUCUCUGGUGGGGUGACUGGUGCUGUGAAUGUGGCCAAAGGGGCUGUCCAGGGGGGCCUGGACACCACAAAGUCUUUGGUCAUAGGCACAAAAGACACACUGUCCACUGGCCUCACAGGGGCAGUGAAUGUGGCCAGAGGAGCCGUGGAAACUGGACAAAAUACGACCCAGGCUGUCCUGACCAGCACCAAAGACACAGUGUCCACUGGGCUCUCUGGAGCAAGAAGUGUGGCCACAGGGGCUGUCCACACUGGUCUUGACACCAUCCGGAACUGGCUACCUGGUACCCAGGACACCCUCUGGGAUGGAUCCACCAGUUACAGGGCCCAGGACAAAAGAGAUCACACUGCCCUGAGCCCCCAGGAGGCUCUGCCCCCUGGGGUCUCCUGCCCCCCAGACACACUCUGUGCAGGCCUAGAGCUCACCAGGGAAGCCACAGCUGCCACCAAGAGCCUUGAAUCUGAUGUGGCCACAUUCACCCCAGGCUGGGAGGAUACGGGGCACCCAGCUGCCACACACGGCCAUGAAGGGGCUACAGGCUUUGCAACACUACGAGAUGAGUUGGAGGGGCUGGGGGAGAUCUUCUGCCCCAUGAAUGCUGAGGAGCAAGCUCAGCUGGCUGCUGCCCAGCCCGGGCCAAAGGUGCUCUCGGCUGACCAAGGGAGCUUCUUCGUCCGUUUGGGUGACCUGGCCCCUGGCCUCCGCCAGCGGGCUUUUGAACAUGCUGUGAGCCACCUGCAGCACCACCAGUUCCAAGCCAGGGAUGCUCUGGCCCAGCUCCAGGACGCCUUCCAGAUGAUCGAAAAGGCCAAGCAGCCUCCAGAAGGGCAGCCGGGUCUGGACUGGGGCUCAUGCACCAGAGUGGAGGACACUGGGUCCCAGGAGGUGCAGGACUCUGAGGCACUGUCCAGGGUCUGCGGCCUCAUCCAGCAGCUCCACACGGCCUACAGCAGCCUGGUGUCCAGCAUGCAGGGCCUGCCCACCGAGCUCCAGCGGCAGGUUGGGCGGGCGCGGCACAGCCUCUGCGAACUCUAUGGCAUCGUCUCCUCGGCUGGGUGCAUCGGGGAGCUUCCAGCCGAACAGCUGGACCAGAGCCGCCAAGGCGUGAACCAGGCGUGGUGGGCACUGGAGCAGCUGCUGGAAAGCAUGCAGCAUAGCCCCCCACUUGGCUGGCUGGUGGGGCCCUUUGCCCUGCCCCCGGACGGGCAGCAACUGUAG